AUGGCUAAUCCUUCUUCUUCCCACAAGUUAUUCCAAGUACUUUUCUCCAAGCUCUUAUGCAUCAUCUUCUUCUUUUCCCUCUCCACUUUUGCUUCUACAAGCCUAAAAGUAGGUUUCUACACUUCAUCUUGUCCUGAUGCUGAGGCCAUUGUUGAAAGUGCGGUAGAAAAAGCCGUCUCUACAAACCCCGGCAUUGCUGCAGGUCUCAUCAGAAUGCACUUCCAUGACUGCUUUGUUAGGGGAUGUGAUGCUUCCGUGCUUCUAGAAUCUACUCUAGGAAAUCCAGCGGAGAGAUAUCAUCCAGCAAACUUUCCAACCUUACGAGGUUUCGAGGUUAUUGAUGAAGCCAAGGCCAAAAUUGAGGCUGUUUGUCCAAAUACCGUGUCCUGCGCUGAUAUUCUUGCCUUCGCUGCCCGUGAUAGCGCCAACAAAGUUGGAGGUAUUAACUAUGCUGUGCCAGCAGGCCGUCGUGAUGGACGCAUCUCAAGAAAGGAAGAAGCUAGCAGUCUCCCUAGUUUCACUUUCGAAGCUGAGAAGCUCGCCAGUGAGUUCAAGAAACGAGGGUUAUCCGUGGCGGAGAUGGUGACACUUUCCGGCGCUCACUCCAUAGGAAUAGCUCAUUGCCCUACCUUUGUCGACAGGCUAUAUUCCUUCAAUACAACUCAUGCACAAGACCCUUCCAUGGAUCCCUCAUAUGUUGAUUACUUGAAGAACAAAUGCCCACCGCCAAGUAGAUCUGGCAGUGACCCGCGCGAGCAGCCAGCCGUGGCACUUGAUUUUUCAACCCCGCAUCGUUUGGACAACCGUUACUACAUCGAGCUAAAGAACCACCGUGGGCUACUGAUCUCCGAUCAGACAUUGUUGAGCAGUUCCUUGACCUCUAAAAUGGUGCUGAAAAAUGCCUAUGAUGGGUCCAAAUGGGCAGCCAAGUUUGGGAAGGCAAUGGUUAAAAUGGGCCACAUUGAUGUCCUCACAGGAUCGAAGGGAGAGAUCAGACGCCAUUGCAGCUAUGUGAAUUGA